GAUCGGAUUUUGGUGCAACUUUUUGGUCGUGUCCCUAAUCGGACUCAUCCACACCACUCCGUUCUUUAUAUUGUAAUACGAGUUACCAUCAACUAGCAGGAUGCCUCCUAAGUUUGAUCCCAACGAAAUUAAAAUAGUGUACCUGAGGGCUGUGGGUGGUGAAGUUGGUGCUACUUCUACACUAGCUCCUAAAAUUGGUCCCCUUGGCUUGUCACCAAAGAAAGUAGGAGAUGAUAUUGCCAAGGCAACCCAGGACUGGAAAGGUCUCAAGAUCACCUGCAAGUUGACCAUUCAAAACAGACAAGCAACAAUCAGUGUUGUGCCCAGCGCAGCAGCUAUGGUAAUUAAAGCACUAAAGGAACCACCCAGAGACAGAAAGAAGGUUAAGAACAUCUUACACAACGGUAACAUCACCAUGGAUGAUAUCAUAAACACCGCAAAGGUCAUGCGUGAUCGCUCUCUGUCGCGGUUCCUGUCCGGCACAGUUAAGGAGAUUUUGGGCACUGCUCAGUCUGUCGGCUGCACCGUCGAUGGCAUGGCACCACAUGAUGUCAUCGAGAAGAUCAACAGUGGCGACAUCGAGAUCCCUGAUGAGUAAAUUCAAUGGAGAAGAGAAUGCAUUUGUACAGACUUUAAAAGAAAAAAAUGUCGAUGUACUUUAA